AUGACCUGUUUUGUUGCUGGGUUUGAAGUACAAAGCAUGAUCUUCAUGCAUUACACACCGUCAUUUCAAUGUCAAGACGCGAAUGAGUCUAUCACCUGGGUGUCACGUGCAACUUACGAAUUGAUUUCGAAUGCAUCAAACAUGGAUUUCGCCCAGUUCAACAACACAACGCCACCUCAGCAAUGUUGGGGAUUUUAUAUCAAUCCGAACUCCGGUGAGGCCACACGGUUCCAAUGCUCUCGCUGGGCAUACGAUACCACGCAAAUGAAACGUACUGUUGUAACACAGUUCAAUCUCGUAUGCGAACGGAAGUGGUGGGUCCCUUCGAUGGAAGCCGUGUAUUUAUUCUUUAGUGCAGUGGGCUAUCUAGUCGCCUUCCUAGGUGACACACUAGGCCGGCGUCUCCCAUUUCUUGCCUUCAGUGCAUGGGGCAUACUUGUUUGUCUGGCUACCCCGUUCGCUAAUUCCAUCCCCCUGUUGGUAUUCCUUCGUGGUUGUCGAGGCAUGUCUACCGCUUUGAGCUAUUUGGGGAUUCAAAUCGUAUCCGAAUUAGUCCCAGUGUCCCGCAGAGAGGUGUACGGCAACCUUUAUUGGACACUGUGGGCGUUCGGAUACAUAGUGUGCGCAGGAACUGCCGUUUUGCUCAGGGAUUGGGUAAAGCUACGUUUGUGGUAUUGUGCAUUUUUAUCCGUCUACCUUGUCUAUCCGGUGUUUGUGUGCGAAUCACCGCGUUGGUUGUGCAUGCGGGGCGAGAAAAAGAAAGCAAUCAACAUAUUGCGGCGCAUCGCCAAGUGGAAUAAUGCCAAACUGCCCGAAGAUUAUUUCGUGAAGGCUGACCUUACCCUUGAGUAUGAAUACACUCAGUCCACGAAGCCGAUUACUUCCAUAACCGACUGGAUUCCCGGAGAUAAGCUGAUCUUUAACACCUCGUCUGAAAGCCUCGAACUGGAGAGUCCUAUGAGCACAGGUGGUGGAUCUGAAUUCUACAAUCGCACAGACAAGUGUUUUGACAUAAUAAAAUUUCCGAAUUUGAGAAAGUACACGCUAGUGUUCUGCAUUGCUCACAGCGCUAUCACUAUGGUCUACUUCGGUCUGAUUACGGACAGCUUUUUCGCUACGGAGAACAUUUUUCUGAACGUCUUCCUUAUGGGCCUAAUGGAAUUGCCUACGAGUUUUGCUGGUUGGGGUGUUUCCGUGUACUUUGGUCGACGAAUCGCUACUUCCUCCCUGCUUGUACUGACCGGUAUCACAGUGGUGAUUGUCAAGCUGUCCAGUUCAUCAUUCCCCAUUGUUAGCACCGUUGCAGCCUUGGUUUGUAAAUUCGCCAUAUCUGUGGUCUACUGUGUUUCCGAUCUGUACAUCACAGAAGUUUAUCCGACCACGGUGCGUGUUGCUGGAUUUUUUACAAUCAUAUCUGUGGCCGGUGUCUUUUCAGCGAUUGCUCCAUUUAUCAAUAAUUUAACCGAAGUUCACAUACUGAUACCUUGCACCAUAUACAGCAUUGCUUCAAUCAGUGGGGCAAUCACGGUUCACCGCUAUCUGCCUGAGACCCGCAACUGUCCACUGGCACAAAGCGUAAGCGAGGCGGAACAACUUAUACGUGGCAAAGAAGCCGAAUGGAUUAUAAGGAAGCGUCACGAAAACUGCGCAAAUCCUAGAAAUUGCCAACCCAAUUCUGUCGUUGGCAGUGAAGCUAACGUGGAAGCCAAAGAAAACUGA